GGUUCAGUCGUUGUUGGGCCGUUCGCGAAUGCUUGUUGGAUCGUCGGAUCGUUCCUGAGUCAGUUGUUCAUUGAGUAAUUUAGCUGCGGCGUAUCUUCGCCGCGGAUGAGAAGCUGGCUUGAAAAAAAGGCGGGGGCGGAUGUGAUCGGAGAUUUGGAGCGCGUUGCGAUCGCUGUUUCACUCUAGUGCUUACGAAAAAAGACUCCCUUGAUAAACAUUCGUUAGAUCUGCUCGCCCUUUCAGCAGAAUGACGAUUUAUUAUGAAAUAUUUAUAUCCUUGGUUGGUGUACUCGUCGCGGCGUUUUUCUUCACCGGGAAAAGACGUCGCUUCGUCAGCAUACUCUUCGAAACACUUCCGAGGGAUGUUCUAGGAGCAUACAGAUUCCUGCGAGUCAAUGCACUGUUAUGGUGGUGGGAAAAACGAGGAUUCACUGUAGCCAAAGUUUUCUCUCGUCUCGUUGCUGCUCACCCUCAUAAAGUGGCUUAUAUCACGGAGGAAAGGGAAUGGACUUAUCAACAACUGGAAGAGUUCAGCAACCGGCUGGCGAGUUAUUUCCGGAGUCGUUCACUAUCUCGAGGUGACAGUGUGGCCCUGGUUAUGGAAGGUUGUGCCGAAUACGUGGGCACUUGGCUCGGUCUAUCCAAAAGUGGUUUCGUAACUGCAUUAAUUAAUACGAAUUUGCGUCAGGAGGUUCUUGUUCACAGUAUUCGUGCAGCUGGAUGCAAAGCUGUGAUUUUUGGAUCAGAGUUGAAAGAUGCAAUCGCCGAAAUACGAGAAAAGAUACCGGAACUGACGUUGUAUCAGUGGUCGGAUUGCAAAGAGCCGAUACUCGAAGGAGCUUUCGAUCUCAAGUCUCUGACCGCGACCAUGAAAUCUGACGCAUGCUUGACCGAUUUGGCGCUCGGUUGUCCGCGAGAUAAACUCAUAUAUAUUUACACGUCAGGCACGACGGGCAUGCCCAAAGCUGCUGUUAUCAAUAAUCUCAGGUACAUGCUGAUAUCUUGCGGUGUUCACGCGAUGCUUGGCCUUCGAUCGACGGAUCGUAUUUACGAUGCAUUGCCGCUGUAUCACACCGCUGGUGGUGUUGUCGGAGCAGGUCAAGCACUUCUCCGUGGCAUUCCAGUCGUAUUGCGAAGGCGAUUCAGCGCCUCCAAGUUCUGGCCUGAUUGUGUCCACUUCGAAUGUACCGUUGCACAGUACAUCGGAGAAAUCUGUCGCUAUUUACUCGCUGUACCAGCCAGCUCCAACGACACGAGUCACAAAGUUCGUCUCAUGUUCGGAAAUGGCCUCAGGCCGCAAAUAUGGAAACAGUUCGUUGACAGAUUCAGGGUUAAGCAAAUCGGUGAAUUUUACGGUGCAACCGAGGGCAAUUCCAAUCUCGUCAAUAUUGACAACAGGAUUGGAGCUGUUGGAUUUGUUCCUUUAUACGCUGGUGCCUUGUAUCCCGUUGCCUUGUUGAGAGUCGACGAAGAGACCGGGGAACCCAUCAGAAACCAUGAUGGAUUGUGUAUUCGCUGCAAACCUGGGGAGCCCGGUGUCUUUGUGGGUAAAAUAAAUCCCAAGAAAGCCGUCAACGAUUUCAGUGGCUACGCGGACCAAAAAGAAUCCAAAAAAAAGAUUAUUCACGACGUCUUCAAAAAAGGGGAUCGCGUUUUUAAUUCCGGAGACAUUCUCGUUAUGGAUGAAUAUGGAUAUUUUUACUUCAAGGACAGAACUGGAGAUACUUUCAGAUGGAGAGGAGAAAAUGUAGCUACAGCAGAAGUUGAGGCUGUGAUCAGUAACGCGAUAGGCUUAAAGGAUGCUGCCGUUUAUGGCGUCGAGGUUGCCGGAAACGAGGGCAAAGCUGGAAUGGUUUCAGUUUACGAUCCAGAUGGAACACUUAAUCUCACAAACUUCGCCGAGAGGAUAAAAAAAGGCCUGCCAUCGUACGCGCGACCUCUGUUCGUUCGAGUCUUGUCCGAACUGCCCAUGACAGGCACAUUCAAAUUGAAGAAAAAGGACCUUCAAUUAGAGGCGUUCGAUGUCACGAAGAUCAAAGAUCCAGUUUAUUUCUUAGAUAAAUCAGGCACAUAUACGAGGCUGACUGAGGAAUUGCUCAAGGACAUACUGAAUGGAAAAAUUCGAAUAUAACACUCAACUUUCCAGGUGAUUUUGCAAGGAGAUUUCGAAGGUUUCGUACAGUUGCGAAAAACACUGAAAAGUUUUGCAAAUAUCAGUGACAUUUUGAACAAAAAACCUGGAGUCAAAUGUGAAUGGGGCCGAGUCGGAGUGCACAUUCCACAAAUAAUGUUGUAAGGAUCGUUCGUUUCCCGAUCCAAAAUGCGGCCGAAUGACAUGCAAACUCCGCGCAUUCAUUGACUCCAGUAGAGUAGCAUCAGUCAUGAAAAAGAUCGAAAAAGUAUAUUUUUCUAUUUCUUUACAAGAUUUGCUUGCUGAAGAAGGUAGCAUUCGCUACCGAAUAAUAAAUAAGGUACAUUCGCGAAGUGAUUUAAAAAUUCGUUAAUAUUUAUAGGUCGAUCUUCCAAUAUUUCAUUUUUCAAGACGUAGAACUUAUAAGAGCCCGAAAAGUGAAUAUCACACCUUAAAUAUCCCCUGAAUUAUUGUGAUUCUCGAAAGAGUAGCCUUAUUUUCAAUGGAAUCGAAAAACCUUGUAAAAUGUGCCUUUGCGUGCGGGGUAUUGCAAAACCUGCAUCAAACCUUUACACACCGCACGGAUUACAAAAUUCUGAACAAAAAAGUCCUUAGCCAAUUUCUUCUCCGAUCCAUAUCUGAUGAGAUAUUAACGAAUAAACAAUCGACCAAUCCCAAUGAGUUUGGGCGGGGUUCGAUUCCCCGCCCCCAUGCGUCGUCGAGCGUGCGGAUUGGUUGCCACUAAUCGAUUGCUAUCUCAGCAACGGAGCAUAUGCGAGGAAAAUGCUUAAGGACUUUUCUCUUCAGAAUACGACGGAUCAUUCGAUCCAACAAAGUUUGAUGCGAAUAAUACGUUAAAUCUGGGAGGAAAUGAUAAAAUAUUCGAGAUAUCAUUCGGUAUUUUUUUACUGCAUUACACAGUGUAAAAAUUUACCAUGUUUUAUGUAUACUGAACAACGUAAGUUUAUUUAAAUGUGCCAUUAUUUAACGUCGGAGUAGUUAAAGUUUACAAAACAUGUUAGAGCAUCUCUCGUACAUUUACUAUAAUUAAUUAAUUGUUCGUCAUUGUGCCAUUCGGAAUGACGCAUUUCCUUGGUUGAACUACAAACAAAAAUGCCUUCUGGGGCACCGAUAAAUCAUCAGAGAGUGUUAAUAUUGUUAAUUCAGACAUAGCAUUUAUUGUAGAAUAUGUAGAUACGUUUACGACUCAUUACAUGUUCAAUUGAUCAAUUGAAUCUAAGUUCGAUGUGAUCAUGUGUUGUAUAGUCUUCAAAAGACUCUUUCCUAAGAGUCGAGAAUUGAUCGACCAACAGGAGAACCAAGUUAUGUGGUGGCUUGUUGAAAUUGAAUAAAGUUGUUUGAUCAUUUUUA